UUGGGAGAAACUUCUGCGAUCAGCUGCCACUGCCCAUGAGACGGACUGCCCGUGGGUACUAUAAAACCCGUCUGGUACAUUUAGGCGAACUUUGUUGUUCUGAUACCGUCAACUCUGAUACCCCCAACUUCGCUACGCAACAAUGGCUGGAGGUGCUGUUGCAAACGCUGGGUCGGUCGGUUAUAGUCACCUUAUCGACCCCAACAGGAAAUGGUAUAACAACAGAAGAAUCAUUGCCCUUAACUUCUGCAUCCUUUUGCUACUCAUCACGUCUUCUACGAACGGAUACGAUGGAAGCAUGAUGAAUGGACUACAAUCACUCACUCAAUGGUCUGAGUAUUUUCACAAGCCAACUGGCGGGAGACUUGGCCUUCUGAAUGCCAUUCAGAAUAUUGGGAGUCUCGCCGCGUAUCCCUUUGCUCCAUAUUCUUCGGAUGGCAUUGGACGGAGAUAUACCAUUCUUCUGGGUGCUACAAUCAUGAUUAUGGCUACAGCUAUUCAGACGGCUUCUCAGUCCGUUGGGAUGUUUAUUGGAGCUCGAUUUCUCAUUGGUUUUGGUUUGACCUUUGCUGCAAAUUCUGCUCCCAUGCUGGUCACUGAGAUAUCAUAUCCAUCUUAUCGUGGACCUCUCACGUCGACAUAUAACUCCCUAUGGUAUCUGGGAUCUAUCAUUGCUGCCUGGACAACAUUCGGUACUUUCAAGAUCAAGAACACCUGGGCGUGGAGAAUUCCGUCAGCUCUUCAGGCCCUGCCUUCUGUACUACAGGUCGCCCUCAUUUGGUUCAUCCCCGAGUCUCCGCGUUGGCUUGUCAGCAAGGGCCGUGAAGAGCAAGCCCUAAAGGUCUUGGCUUAUUAUCAUGCCGAUGGAAAUGCCGAGGACCCACUGGUAAAGCAUGAGUUUGAGGAAAUCAGGGCUGCCAUUGAAUUGGAUCGCACCGUGACCGCCAACGUCGGAUGGAAGUCUUUGAUUUCCACCCCAGGAAAUCGCAAGCGUAUGAGAAUCAUCAUCGCUAUUGCAUUCUUCUCCCAGUGGUCCGGUAAUGGCUUGGCAUCGUACUACUUGAACCAGAUCUUGAACGACAUCAACAUCAAGAAUCCAACAAUUCAGCUCUUGAUCAAUGGUAUCCUCCAAAUCUGGAACUUGGCUUGGGCAUUGCUCGCUUCAAGUCUCGUUGACAAACUCGGCCGACGCCUGUUAUUCAUGAUGUCCGCAGUGGGCAUGUUCGUCUUCUUCAGCGCUCAAACUAUCUGCUUCGCGGUGCACAGCGAGAAAGGAACUGAGGGAGCUGCUCACGCCCUGAUAGCUUUCAUUUUCUUGUUCUAUGCAGCUUAUGAUAUUGCAUUCUCGCCCUUGAUUGUAGCUUACACGGUCGAAAUUCUUCCUUACCCGAUCCGUGCCAAGGGCUUCAACGUGUUCAACUUCACAAUUUCAGUGGCUCUGAUUUUCAACCAGUAUGUGAACCCAAUCGCAUUGGGCAACAUCGGCUGGAAGUACUAUAUCGUCUACGUGUGCUGGAUUGCGUUUGAAUGCGUUUUCCUUUACCUUUACAUCGUCGAGACAAAGAAUCUUACUCUUGAGGAGACCGCCGUUAUCUUCGACGGAGACGACGCAAAAGAUCAGCUUGCGCUAGCUGCCGGUAUCAAAACUGAUGACGAGAAACUCUCUGGAUCCUCGUUGCACCACGCGGAUCUACCAGAUACUAAGAUGUAGAAUGGAUCAUAAUUAUUCUCCGGAUGUCAGUUGGGAAGGAUAUAUGUAUUACAAUAUAUAUAACGCAUUUUGCUUUGGACUUUAAUAUACACGAAAUUUCUAUAUUACGCUGAUGCCUCGCUGCUUUGCCUACCAAGUAUGUCCUAGGAAUGAAGACAAUUAUACUUAAUGCCUUAGGCGUUAUGAUUUGA